AUGACUCAGUCAAUCCAAGGUUUGGUCAGCCUGUACUUCAACAUCGCACGUGCGGACAAAAUGGGCAAGGAGGGUCGCAAGGAGUUCUAUAAGAUAAGCGACCCUAUCGAGGCAAGCAAGGCCUUUGCCGAGAUCGCCGAUCUGACAUACGGGGUCAUGUCAUCCAGCUUGGCUGGCUACCUCGAGACUCCCAAAUACUUCACGAACACCUAUAGCAAGAACGUGGCCAAAAAUAAGUUCAAGACCGUCUUCACCAAAGACAUCUUUGCAGGCUUUGGACUGGGCAAGCAGGCCUUGGACGAGAUCGCCACAUUUAUCCAAAACUACCUCGCUGCGAUUGGCAAAAUCCAGGUCAACAGCAGUUCCACCAGCAAUGUGCGGAGUUUUGCCAAUAGCACGAACACGGUCGUCAAGUUAGACAUCCUCGGCGAUGGCCAGCACAUCGUCUACCAGCCUCAUGUUCAUCUCGUCUAUAUGAAAAUCGAUCACGAGGCUUUCAAGAUCGCCACCAAAACUUGCUUCAGCGAGACGGAUACUGAGCGAUUCACAUUCUACAUGACCUAUACUGUUGUCCAGGCGGAUGUCAACUACCUCAUGAUGCAGCAGAACAAAAAGAAACUAGACACGAUUUUCAACAGCCUUACCCAAGACAAUCUCGACAAGCCCAAACAGAACUUGCAGGAAUUCUCAAAGGAGCCUGGUAUUUCUCAAGAAACAGUGAACGAUCAGUUCUAA